AUGGCCACGAAGGUGCUCGAGUCUGCUCCACAGCUUUACCUUCAGAGCUAUGUGCUCUACGCGGCGGGCAGCCAUGGGGAUCCCAUCAAGAUCGCCUCGAUCGGGAUCUCCAUACGCAAAAAAAAGAGUUACACAUCCGCAACCAGGAUGCUGUUCCGACGACUCCGCUUUCGCUUCACCUUCACUUCCUUCACCUUCGCCUGGUCCUUGGCCACGCUUUUGCUUCACCUUCACUUUCUUCCUCUUCUUCUUGGCACUUGGGGUCUGAUCUUGUCCCGUGGCUUCGAGCACGUCACUUCCGGGCUAUUCCAAAACGGACGCCUCACUCUGGUUCACGUGAGGCCUGGCUUCGGCUGA